GGUAUAAGAAAUAUGCAGUUGUUAUGAAUAUAUACAAUAUUGAUGGCACAAGCGUAAUCAAGCAGUAUGCUAAUUUAACUCCGGCCAUGCGUUCAACGGCCUUAUAUUCACUUACAGGAAAAACAUUAUCUUCUAAAUGUGAAUGCUUCAAGAAGAGUGGCGGUUCUAAAUUCAGGGGCACAUCAAAGAGUGUCUUUUCAGUUACUCACAGCAGUGGUAAUCAUGUUGCGGCACUAGCUUUAGCUGCAAAUCUUCAAAGAAUUCCAGCAUAUGUGGUUCACUACCACAUUGUCACUCUAAUAGUUCCAAUAAGUGGUGGUGGUUUAAUUUCUGGGGUGGUUGUUGGAGCCAAGUCAAGGAAUCCAGCCAUACGGGUCUUGGUUGCUGAGCCAAAAGGAGCCGAUGAUGCAGCACAAUCAAAAGCAUGUGGUAGACUUAUAACCUUGAGUCACACCAACACAAUUGCUGAUGGCCUUCGAGCUUCCCUGGGAGAUAUCACUUGGCCAAUUGUACGUGAUUUGGUUGAUGACAUCAUCACAGUGGACGAUGGAGAGAUUCUAGAAGCAAUGAGAUACAACUAUGAGGUACUUAAGGUGGCAGUUGAACCAAGUGCUGCAAUAGGACUUGCUGCUGUACUCUCCGAUAACUUCAAGAAAAAUUCUCGCUGGAAUUGCUCCCAAAACAUUGGGAUUGUAAUUUCAGGGGGGAAUGUGGAUUUAGGUGCUCUAUGGGAAUCGCUUUCACGGAUUACCAGGACGUAAUCUUUCUUGAAGGGAGUUAACCGUGAAGCUAAACGUUGUGUAAGGCAUGGGACUACACUCUUUUUAACAUAACACCCCACAAUGCUCACAUGCUGACUGGACUGGCACAUAACGCAAAACGCUCAAGAGUCUUCCCUCUCCCACUACACAUGGUCUUAUAUCUUGAAUCCACGUUGAAGGACUCAAAUGAUCAUGGGAGAAAAAGUAAAGGAAGCAAACUCUUGUGGCAGAAAAACAAAAGUUACAAAAGGAGAUGGCACAAACUCAUGUUAUAAUUUGAUACAUAUAAUUACUUAAUUUCUUUAGAAAUAGAUAAUUAAAAAAGUAAUUAACAUCACAUAAAAAACAUUAAAGUCUUGAUGAAUUCUCUUUCGUUUGUCACUUGUCUUAGGGUGAACGGAGUGGGCAGUAAACUCACGCGGUAAACAUGUUUACCGAGCGGUAACACCGCCGCCAAUGGUAUUUACCGCUCAGCUUCAUUGUUUGAUCGGUGAAGGUUUACCAAUGAGGGAAGGGGGAGAGAGAAAGGUGUGGGUGGGGGUCCAUUACUUCUCAACCAAUCACACUUUUUUCCUUUUUUUAAAUAGUUUACCUAAACCCCAUUAGGUAAACCACCGCCAACGUUUUUAAACAUUAGGUGAACAAUUUAGAUGAAUUGACGUAAUACUUUCUAACUGUGAAUAAAAAGUUUAUCUAUUUCAAAUAGGUAGGCACUCCAUUCACGAAAGAAUCUUUAUGCAAUUUAUUAGCUAUUAUAUAUAAAGUACAUUUUGAAUUCACAUGUACUACGUUAAC